CGAAGUUUGAACUUAAAUACUACCUCUCUAGUGCAUAUAAUGUUUUGAGCCCAAGCUCCUCAAUGAGUUUGCGUCCAUUGCUAAGAAUCAUUGCAAAAUGGUGCAUGAUAACUUCCCAAUUCCCAAGUCACAGUACACCUGUUUCCAUGGUUCCAUUUUCUUUUGACAACUCGCAACUAUGGUGGAUCAUAUGAUUUCGCUCUUUCUAAAAAAGUUUUAUGAAGCUCCGAGAAUUCAGUAAGUCCGAGUGAAAAUACUGGUAAAAUUGUUCUUUGAAAUUGUGAUUCUUUAAGAAUGCUGAUUCAAUGGUUCUUUUUGCCGAUAAUUUUAGUGGCACCGCACUCAGUGAGACAUAAGCACCACAACUACACCUCUGGUACCCCCAACACCAUCAGCCCUUCUAGUUUGUCUAUUGUCUCUAGUCCCUCUAGUAAAUCCACUGCCUAUAGUACCACUGGUAAAUCUAUUGCCUCCAGUUCCACUGGUAAAUCUAUUGCCUCAAGUUCCACUGGUAAAUCUGUUGCCUCCAGUUCCACUAGUAAAUCUAUUGCCUCUAGCGCAUCCACUAUCUCUGCUACCACUACCAAUGCCCUCGCUCAAAAAGAUGAAUGGACCGAGUCGGUGGAGCUCAAACCCGCGGACCGGAACAGCGACCGGGACCCCUUCGGGCUGACCAAGACCCUCGGGCUGCUACCCUCGCUCCCCGACUACCCCCGAUCCCUCCACGAGCCCAAGCACCAACUCCCCCGCAAGCCGACCAAUAAGAACACGUUACUACCCGUCCUUGCCAGGCGCCACGACGCCCCCGCUCUUAGCAUGUUCCCCAGCCUCAUCGACGACUUCCUGGCACGUUCCAUGAUGUUCGAGGCCAUCGACGAUGCGGUCAAUCGGGGGAUGAGCGAGAUCCUCGACGCCAACACCGGUGACCUCAACGGAAACUCAACGGGAGCCAACGGUAACUCAUCGGUCAUCAGGGUGUCAGUCAACGGAACAGUUAAUAGAGUUAAGCGCUGCCACAGCCAUGAGCGUUCUAUGUUCCCCGAUGAGGGUUUCCAUCUGCCUAACGCUGAGGAUUUCAUGGAGGAUCUUCCGGCUCCACGCGGUGAUGAUGUCGAGCCGGCACUGCAUAUUCGCUUCUUCCGGAUUUUCAGUUUCCCGAACGCCUCCCAGAAGUCCCUGAUGUUCCGACUAGGCAAGGGACCACGCUCGGAACUCCCUGAGGACUUUUCCCUGAAGGACGGAGAGCUGCGGAUCGACGAAAGCUCAACAGUGACACGGCUGUGUAUCGGUGGUGUGAGUAAAGGGUUCUGGACUGGGCUGGGCGGAAUCGUCGUCUUCCUGAUUCUGUGUCACGUUGCGUGCUUCCUUCUUUGUUGUGUUGUUAAGACGCGCUUGGCAGAGAGAAAGAAACCGGUCCUUAAUAUUUAGUUGUUCUUUUUGUUGAAAUUAAAGGAAAUUCAAUUGUAAAAUCGUUGCCUAGAUUAGUCCCGAAGACGCGGAGGAAAAGCUACGAAUCUUUCUGUCAACGGUCUGGCGUCUAUGAACCACCAAACGUACACGGAAAAAAAUUAUCACAAUCCCAACUAUACCCCUAGCUGAUUUUGGCGCAACAUAUUAAGAGUAGGUAGUUGCACAAUCCAGAGGUAUAGUUAAGUCGGCUAAAAGUGAGGUUGGGUGCUAUAUCGCUGACUGGUGCCUUUACACUUCUUACUGGUGCAACUACUCUUAUGGUUGGCGCCAAAAUCAGCUGGAGGUAUAGUUGGACAGCGUUUUCCAAUUAGGAACUACGAUUUCUGGCUCAGUUUAAAAACAACGUAUUUACCAUUAGUUCCCCUGUGCACAUAAGCGUUUUUACGGAUUAAACAGACAUUAUAGUUCCGAAUUACAUAAUGAAGUCCAGUUAAGAUUGUGAUAUUUUUUUUUUCAGUGUACACGGUGGUUCCAUCAUUUGGGCCUCUUUUGCCAAUUAGGAACUACAAUUUCUGACUCAGUUUUAAAAUUACGCAUGUACCUCUAGUUUUCCCGAAGGCGUAUGUUUUUUUACCUGUGAGCCUGAAAUUGUAGUUUCUAACUGCAACAAUUAGGCCGAUUGAUUACGAAAACCGAUCGCGAAUAAGUACCGGAUCCUUAAAAUUUACCUGUGCAUUUUUGUGAAAUUUGAAGUCAUUUUUAAGUCUGCAACUUCAAAAAAUUUCUGACUUGGAAGUAUUUGGUGAUCAAUGGUCAUUAUAUUGUGAAAAGUGAAAACUAAUCGUCUUUUUAUCUACCAGACGGAUGUUCAUCUAUGAAGUUUCAAUUGAAAUAAUCGAUUCUCUGGUUUUACGAUACCUCAGGAGAAUGCCCUGAAAUUUAACUAUAGAGGAUUGAUUCAUCCUUCCUCACAUAAAAGUGAUUUAAUUCCGAAUAAAUUUGGUGAGCUACAUGGAAACCAGAGAAUUUUGCACCGUGUAACGUUCAGAAUGUUUUGCAAUGGUAGGCUUCUAUGCACCGCCCCUUCAGUAGCAAGAUUUAUUUUCUUCGAGAAGAUCAUAAGUUAUAAAUGGAUCGAACAUAGAACAUAUUAUCAUUGAUUACAUGCCUUUAUUAGAGUAAGAGCUGUCCCUUGUAUUUGUAACAAAAAUAAAUUGUCUCGUUUGAUUUUGAUCGGGAAAAAUAUGACAGUUGUAUAACAUUAAAGGUUGAUAAAAGGCGUUCCACUGAUUCAGUUAAUUUAGUGGGUGACCUAGAAGAUUUAUCGCAACCAAGCUGCUUGAUAGAAUAUGCCUUCUCAUUGAUAAUUUGCAAGAAAACUGAAUAAUAUUCCCUCGAUGCUAUGUUAUAAUUUCGCAAACACCCACAGUUGUGUCAAUGACAAGACGGGAAUUGGAUAAUAAAGAUUGGAUGCGACUCUUCGUGCAUUGCAGUAGCCUGUAUUACAUAUGCAAAGAAAUGAAGGCGCACAAGCUGUCUCACUAUUCAGUGUUGCGAUUCUCGUUAAGUCCCUGCAGUUGGAGCAUUUUCUCAAAGUUUUCUCAGCUUAUGUAGGCAAAAGACAAUUUUCAAAACUGUUACAUAAAAGUAUAAAGAUCCUA